CUAGGUUGAGUGUUUCAUCUUAUACAAUUCCAGAAAAUAUAUUGUCGACCAAAUGAAAAGUUGAACAUUCCACACAUUCGUUUAAAUUCCUAUAAAGCCAGCCCCGUCACUAAUCUCCUGUUAUGCGUGGAGUCCAGAAAGGUCCGAACCACAAGGGUAUAUUAUCAUCACAGUCGAACAAUUAGAAAACAAAUACUCCACAGUGUGCAGGCUGCAGAAGAGGACGAACAUGACUUUGUCGGUUGUUUAGUGGAGUCAGUCUUACUUUCAUCACUAUCUUAUGGCAAGUCGUCACUCAUUACUCUUUCUUUAGCUACAAAACUAUCUCUGGUGCCUCCUUCUCAUGUGUGGUUUCUUGGUUGAUGCCUCUAAGGACACAGCAAGACCAUCUUUCCUCAUUAAUUAUUCUAUUGGCUUCCAAUCCUCGUGCUUUCCCCUCUUUGAUAACUUUAAGAUUGCAUCUUUUCUUCAAAUAGAUGUUGCUAAUUCAUCUAAGCAGAUAAAGAAUACUGCUAAUUAGUCUAGUAUUUAUUGAUUAUUCUAAAUCCUGCCCCUUUAAUCAAUAAAUCUCUGAUGUUUACUGCCAGUGACUUCAAAAUCUAGUUUUACCACUUGUUGACCGGCUGUUUAAUUUAGAAAGGGGUCCCUCUCAAUUUUCUAGAAAUUACCCCAUCUCUGAAUAGUACUCCGUACUACCUAGCUAACCAAGUCAUUGGGUCAAUCUUUUGUCCAUUUCUCAGUGUCUUUAAUUAGCUUACGUAUAGGGAAUUAGUGAGAACUGAGGAGUUAGCACUAAAAAUGUCCACUUUAUAGGGUGAAAUGACAAGUCUUAGAUCACUCAAGUGAUUAGUCCAUCAAUUAUGAUAGAUCACUGAGUUUUUUCUGAAAGAGUUGAGAAGAUAUUUCUUGUAAAUUAGGACAGCUUACCAGAAGGUGAAGUUUAAGAUCAAGACAGUCAUUUCAGAUACUAGGAUUUAUGGAACACACAGGUCGAGAAAAGGAUAUGGGCAUGCCCAAUUCUAUCGGCCUAAACCACCAGCAAGAAUCAACACCCUUUGCUGCAGCCAAACUCCCCACUGCUCCAAUAGUUUCAAGUCUACCAGAUAGAACAAGAAAUGAACAAAUUAGCUAUGGAAAUACCAUAUUCAGUCCUAACCAAACCCUAGAUCAUCAACAUAAUCUUACUCAAAAUUCAGAUCCAGAUCCGACUGUUAUUGCAGCACAGAUUCGACAACAAUCGACAACCUCAGCAAGCGACAGGAACAGCUCCGUCCGAUACAAAGAAUGUCUCAAGAAUCAUGCGGCAAGUAUGGGAGGACAUGUCCUCGAUGGUUGCGGAGAAUUCAUGCCAAGUGGAGAAGAAGGAACCCCAGAAUACCUUAAAUGUGCAGCUUGUGAUUGUCAUCGCAAUUUCCAUCGGAAAGAGACUGAGGACGAAUUACAAACAGCUGGUGUGUAUAGAAAUAAUAGCAACAGCCACCGUGUACACACCCAGACUCCGCCUUCUCUUCCAGCUCCGCCGCAGCAGCAACACCAUCAUAAGUACUCUCACAACUAUUCUAGAGGUCCGACGAUGCCACCAGUGAUGAUGAACUUCGGAGGGAACACCGGAGUUCCGGCUGAAUCAUCGAGUGAAGAUCUGAACAUGUUUCACUCGAAUGCCGGAGGACAAGGGGUGAUUCAACCUUGUGCUUUUUCGGCGUCAAAGAAGAGAUUUCGAACGAAAUUCUCUCAACAGCAGAAGGAGAAAAUGCAAGAAUUUGCUGAGAAGCUAGAAUGGAGGAUUCAGAAACAAGAUGAGCAAGAAGUGCAGCAGUUCUGUAACGAAGUGGGCGUGAAGAGACAAGUGUUUAAGGUAUUUAUGCACAACUGCAAACAAGCUAUCAAGAGGAAACAAACUUAAGGCAAGACUGCAAACCCCGUAUUUGAUUAAUUUAGACUCAUUAGAGACUUUUUUCUUUGUGCAUAAGCCUGAUUAGGAAGAGUUUAGGCAAAUAAUUAAUUUUUGAUCGCACAAUUUCCAAACUCUAAUUAGCAGCUUCAAAGGCCGGACUGUUCAGUGUUUGUUAGUCUUUGUCUUUCCCCGUUCAAGCAUACAAUGAAGGAAUUUAGUAAAUUUAUCUACCUUAUCUUGUUAGUA